AUGGCAGCACUCGACUUAUUACUGUCGUUGGCAAUACCAGCCUUGAUUUUGACCCACCUCUUAGUGGCGCCUUACACCAAGGUCGAAGAGUCGUUCAAUAUUCAGGCAACUCACGAUAUCCUUGUCUACGGGACACCUACCAAUAAUAUAUAUGAACGACUCUCAACUCAAUAUGAUCAUUUUGAUUUCCCUGGUGCUGUCCCCAGGACCUUCAUUGGUCCGGUCUUAUUAGCGGGGAUUAGUCAACCUAUCAUCGCAGCGGUGGGAUUCCAAUAUGCGCAACUAAUCGUGAGAGGUCUUUUGGGACUUUUCAAUGCCGGCGCGUUGUUGGUAUUCAAGUCAAGUGUGAAGCGGGCAUUCGGAAGGUCAACUGCGAGGUGGUAUGCAUUACUGCAACUCAGCCAAUUCCAUAUCCUGUUCUAUGCUUCUAGAACGCUACCCAAUAUGUUUGCUUUUGGAUUGAGCACCUUGGCGUUUUCACAAUUGAUAGGACAUCCCGAUGAAAAGGUGCGAGCCUGGCGCUAUAGGAUGGCUAUUGGCAACUUAACCAUUGCUGCUGCCGUAUUCAGAUCAGAAUUGGCUAUCCUCCUCAUUACCACCACACUCUAUAACCUGGCUCGAUCCCAUAUAUCACUACGCCAAAUAAUCCCUACCUUCCUUAUAUUCUUCGUCCUCUCGUUGGUGGUAACGAUACCAAUCGAUUCUUACUUCUGGCAAAAGCCGCUAUGGCCAGAGCUAUGGGGAUUCUACUACAAUGCCAUUCUUGGCUCUUCAUCUGAAUGGGGAGUUUCUCCUUGGCAUUAUUAUUUCACAUCGGCGAUACCCAAGAUUCUCAUGAACCCGUUGAGUACAGCUGUCCUCAUCCCAUACGCGCUUUGGAAUGCCGGAACGAAGAGCCAAGCCCAGCCAUUGGUAAUACCUAGCAUCCUGUUCGUAGCGAUAUACUCUCUGCAGCCGCACAAGGAGGCCCGGUUCAUAUUCUACGUCGCACCCCCGUUGACCGCGGCGGCAGCCCUAGCGGCUAACUAUAUCUUCACGAGGCGUACUAAAUCCGUUAGUUUCUUACUUGCGUCUGUUGUGAUUGCCGGCUCGGUAGUUGCAUCCUUUAGCCUCAGUACGGCCAUGCUCGUCAUAUCUUCUCUUAAUUAUCCGGGGGGCGAGGCACUUUCGGAGCUCCGCAACCUCGUAACUUCGUCUUCCUCCCUCGAUCUUCAGACCGUUACCGUUCACACAGACGUACUGUCGUGUAUGACUGGAGUGACUCUCUUCGGACAGCAUCCUUAUCCGCCUAAUGAUCCCCGCCCGACUAACGAGAUAGUGUUCACUUACGAUAAGACUGAAGACGAAAACACGCUGCGUAGUCCAUCAUUCUGGGAGAAAUUCGAUUACGUGCUCGCCGAAGACCCGAAUAAGACAAUAGGCCCGUGGGAGACGGUCGGAGUAGUGGAAGGUUUUGCCGGAGUUGAAGUAAUGAAGCCGGGUACGCCGUCCAAGGGGGAUAUUGAAAGUGGCCAAGACAGAGUAUUCGGCAGAGGUUCUCUGGUAAGAAAGAUGAAGGGCCAUAUUAGGAGGUUGACAGGUGGUUGGUGGGUUGGCCCGAGGAUGGAGCCGAAAAUCCACAUGCUGAGGAAAUUGCGGGAGGGUGAGGCUAGGAGAGCUGUGACGGAAUGA